UGCCAUCUGCAACGCAUUGCAUUGCCCCUUUCCAUUUAAGUCUUUUGACGGCUUCGCUUUGCCGUUUGCCUCUUUUGCCUUUUCUCGUUCACACACGUGUCUGUGUGGCGAACGCUGCAGUUCUUUUUAUCGCACAAUAAAGUCACAAUGCCGUCCGAUGCAAAGAAAAAGCAGCAACAGAAGAAGAAGGAGGCUGCAAAGGCUCGUCAAUCUGGCAAGAAACCAACUACUUCGGGAAAAACGAACGAGGAUGGCAAGGAAGAGAGUCCCGCUCCUGGAGAAACCCAGAAUGGUACCAAUGGAUCACCUAUGAGUGCCGAGGAGGCACUUUGCUUGAAGUUGGAAUCCGAUGCUCGUCUCAACGCAGAAGCACGUGCCUGUACAGGAUCUCUUGCUUCUCAUCCUCGCAGUCGGGACAUCAAGAUUUCCAAUUUCUCCAUCACUUUCCAUGGCUGUGAACUACUUCAAGACACUAUGCUCGAGUUGAAUUGCGGACGACGAUACGGAUUGCUAGGUCUUAAUGGAUCUGGAAAGUCUACUUUAUUGGCGGUACUUGGAAAUCGCGAAGUUCCUAUACCAGAUGCAAUUGACAUUUUUCACUUGACCAGGGAAAUGCCGGCAAGCAAUAAAUCUGCGCUGAAAUGCGUCAUGGAAGUCGAUGAAGAACGUGUGCGUCUAGAGAAACUCGCCGAAACACUUGUCGACUGCGAGGAAACUGAUGCACAGGAGCAAUUGAUGGACAUUUAUGAAAGGUUAGACGACAUGAAUGCAGAUACAGCAGAAGCUCGUGCUGCGCACAUUUUACACGGUUUGGGUUUUACUCCGAAAAUGCAGCAAACGCCCACUAAAGACUUUUCUGGAGGAUGGCGGAUGCGUAUCGCUCUCGCUAGGGCUCUGUACGUGAAGCCUCAUUUGCUUUUACUCGACGAGCCCACUAAUCAUCUCGACUUGGACGCCUGUGUGUGGCUUGAAGAAGAAUUGAAGACCUACAAAAGAAUUCUCGUCAUUAUUUCGCAUUCACAGGAUUUUCUUAACGGUAUUUGCACAAAUAUGAUCCAUCUCAACAAAAAGCAGCUGAAAUAUUACGGUGGAAAUUACGAGGCAUUCACCAAGACGAGAAUGGAAUUGCUCGAGAAUCAAGCAAAGCAAUACAACUGGGAACAGGACCAAAUCGCGCACAUGAAGAACUACAUAGCUCGUUUCGGUCACGGUUCGGCAAAAUUAGCCAGACAAGCUCAGUCCAAAGAGAAGACUUUGGCGAAAAUGGUGGCUCAAGGUUUAACCGAAAAAGUCACUAGUGACAAAAUUUUAAACUUCUACUUCCCCUCUUGUGGAGGAAUUCCUCCGCCUGUUAUCAUGGUUCAAAAUGUAAGUUUCCGGUACAGCGAUGACGGCCCAUGGAUCUACAAAAAUUUGGAAUUCGGUAUUGAUUUGGACACGAGGCUCGCAUUGGUCGGUCCCAAUGGAGCUGGAAAGAGUACGUUGCUGAAAUUACUUUAUGGAGAUUUGGUACCGUCGAGUGGAAUGAUCCGGAAGAACAGUCAUUUACGUAUCGCUAGGUAUCAUCAGCAUCUGCAUGAACUUUUGGAUCUUGAUGUGUCUCCUCUGGAUUAUAUGAUGAGGGCAUUUCCGGCUGUUAAAGAGCGAGAAGAGAUGAGGAAAAUCAUUGGUCGUUAUGGCUUAACAGGUCGUCAGCAGGUCUGUCCUAUUCGUCAACUUUCCGAUGGACAACGUUGCCGAGUUGUGUUUGCCUGGUUAGCCUGGCAAGUUCCGCAUUUACUACUUUUUGACGAACCUACUAAUCAUUUAGACAUGGAAACAAUCGAUGCUCUGGCCGAUGCCAUCAACGAAUUCGAUGGAGGAAUGGUUCUAGUUUCCCACGACUUUAGACUUAUUAAUCAAGUAGCUGAAGAAAUUUGGGUGUGCGAGAACAGCACAGUGACAAAGUGGCAAGGUGGUAUUUUGGACUACAAGGAGCACCUGAAAAACAAAAUCUUGAAAGACAAUCAAAAGAGGGCGAAGGACCUCGUGAGUCGUGGCAAAUAAUUGAAUGAAGUGUUCCUUCAACUCCUGGUUUUCUUACACUGUUCUUCAUUAUCACUGUAGCAACGAUUUCGAUAUUUCGAAUUCUACAAAACUGCGAUCUCAACUCGCGCUGCUGUGUAGCGCGAUAAAGCAGAUUGAGCUGAUUUAGUUAAUUUAUUUAACUGACAUAAACCAGGUAUUAAUACAAUUAAUGAAAAUAAAUAAAUAAACAAUCUAGAUCGAGUCGCAAAGUUUCGCAAACUUGGGGGACGUUGCGAGGAAAUUGUGAGGUUCGGAAGUGUAUGCCACUUCCUAACUGUGAAUUAAAAUAUUUAAAAUAAUACGCAUAAUUAAAUAUCCAGACACCAAUGUAUUUGCGUUCGCUAAUCGUAGAUUCUCGGUUAAAAAAAAAGAAACACUUCUUGAAAUUUUCCUUUAAAUAUAUCAUUUGUUUUCGGAUAAGUAGAUUAUAAUAAAUACAUGUAUAUUUGGUGAAUUUCGCUGUAGAGAAAUGGCAAAUCGAUCGUCGCGAAAUUAUAAAGAGAAACACCAGUUACGAUUUUUUUCGUGACUCCGCCGCGUGUAACCUGCAUUUCAGAUAAAUAAAAAUUGCAUCAAUUUUUCAACGA